CUCCUCCUUCUCAUCCCCGUUUAGUUUGUCGCUCUCUGGCCAGUUACUCCGACUCUACUUUGUCUUCGGCAAACCGAAGAAGUGCUCGCCGAAGUCCCAGCCAUGGAAGAAGAUAAUAUAAUAAUGCCUGUUUGACCAACGGAGCUUGUCCAAGAUGCCAGGCCUUUUGUCCAACCCUGUGUGUCUCACAGUCAUCUGGUUUUUGUCUUGGUCGCUGCAUCCCAGCUAUGCUCAGAUUUGGACCGAUGAAGUGUCGGAUGUACAGUAUGGGCGUUUGGACUCCAACGUGACACUGGCAUGUGGGAAGUCACAAAUCAGGACCCCCGUGGUGUGGCAUCACAACCACAGCUCAGUUUUUUUGUGGCACCAAGUGACAUCGAAUGGAAGCUUGUCCCUGUUUCAUGUAGACCAAUCAGCACAGGGGAACUACAGCUGCUAUGAUGACAGCGGGCUCCUCCUCCAUUCUGUUACACUCAGAUUGGGCUAUCCCCCGGGACAACUGAGCAUUUCCUGCCAAGUACCCAAUCAUACACACGUCCGUUGCUCCUGGAGGCAAUCUAUAAAAACAUUCUUGCCUGCCAAGUACAACGCCUCCAUCAGGGGGAAGGAGGGGGAGUGGAGGGAGUCUAGGCCGUGCAUUGUGGACCUCACCAACAAGCACUGUGAUGUUCAAGAUCCUUCUUACUGGCAGACCAUCCACAGAGUUGGAGUAACAGAGACCAACGCUCUCGGGUCCCACACCGACUUUGUGGCAAUCAGGCUGAGCAAGCUUUUGAAACCAGACCCCCCACAGGCUGUGUCUGUGCAAGAAGUGGAAGGUUAUCCAACAAAGCUAAGGGUUUCAUGGAAAAAUCCAACUUCCUGGCCAGACGACACUUUUUUCCCCCUGCUGUUUCAGGUUCGAUACAGACCACAGGGCUCCCACCACUGGUCAGAGAUCUCCACAACGUAUGAUGAAUUAGAAAUAUCCGACGCCCUUGCAGGGCACAGCCACCAGGUACAGGUUAGAGCCCGCGAUGAUGUGGACUCGGAGAGCCAGUGGAGUGAAUGGAGCCAUCUGAGUGUCCUUAUACCCUGGCAAGCAACCUACACCACCCCCGACCCUUCAGAGGACCCCACCUUUUUUAAUCCCUUCAGCACGGAGUCUGCAGCCACCUACGAGACCCGUGGUUUACAAGGGGAUGAAGGUAAUUUGGGACUGGUCAUCCUCUUGGUUUUGUUCUCCAUCUUCAUACUCACCACCGUCCUAUCCUUGAUUUUUGUUAUAUGGUUGAGGCAGAAAAGGCAUGAUCAUGCCACCAAACAAGAACUCGCCUCUAUGGUCAAGAUGAAAUCUAUACCAAUCUAAUUGGACUCUUAUUUUGCAGCCUUUAAGGUUUGUUUGAAAUGUCCACAACCUGUCAGCUUCAGCAGUGAGUAAACAUCACAUCACCUACAUCACUGUGAGGCGUUGACCCUCCACAUUAAGCUAAAUUAUGAUCAGAGCAUUACUCCAUCCUACUUCGAGGAUGGCAGGGACAACAGCCGAAAGGAGAGUUGCUAUUUACCAGAUGACUGCAGGGUGACGUUUUGGAAGCAUUCGCUGGACUAAUUCAGUGACAUCCAUUAACUAUACUACCCAUAAUGCAUCAUCAGGAAAACCUGAGACCAAAUUCAGCUCAUCAGAACGAAGAAACAGCACCAGGAAAAUUCUCCUUCCACAAAUAAUGCUGCUCCAGGUGGACGGACUCUUUGUGCCUUUUGAAAUUUUUAGCAAGGCCAUGGGACGAGAAUUUCAAUUGCCAAACACAAGAACAUAGGAUUUUAUUGUGGAACUGCUUGGCUCUUUCUCCCCACCUAGAAUGUCAGUUUCAUUCAUUUAUUAUAUGAAUCUCUUCUUUUGGAUGGACAGAAUCAUUCUUACAUUGACAACCUCAAUGCUGUGAAGGAAGCAAAAGCUCUGCCAGUCUGGGUGAGUGCGAGUCUGACGCCAAAAAAAAUAAAAAACAGCAACAAUGGGCAUUACGGCCUCUGUAUGGGGGAUUAAAAAGUCCGUCGGUAACUCGCUUUUGACUCGAGGGACUUUAUUGGUUUGGAGAAUCGGGGUCAAGGGCGAACGGUUGGGUUGUAAGAAUUUCUUUGUGGUUUAUAAAGAACGAUUUUAUGUUGCAUGAUACCAUGUCUUGCAUGAAUGGUUUUACAUUGCAUGAACUUGUUACGUUGUCUGUCACUUUAAGUACACGUAUUCUCUUGUUGUUUUAUGUACUUUAUCCAUCCAUGAACGAUUUCUAUUUAUGUGACUGAGGAAGAGUGAGGGUCACUGGCCUUUCAAAAAUCACCAGCAUUAAUUUGUCACUUAGUUAUAUAUAAAUAUCUAAUAUAGUCAAAAUUAGGGAUAGAGUUUAACCCUAACCCUUAUAAGAGAAGUUAAAUCCAGUGUAACUGAUUCAAGUCUAGUUUAACCUAAACUUUCUAAAUAUUAACAUAUAGUAAAAAAAAAAAAAAAACAUUCAAAAUUAUGAACUUUUUUCAGUCAGUUUCUAUAUAAAGCAAGAAAAUUAUAAUCUAGUUGUUAUAACAUCUUUUUUAUUCAUGUUAGCAGUAAAGUUGUUUGACUAUCAAAGGAGAACAGGAAACACUGUCGUCCUUCGGCUGUAGCUUUAUGCCAAUGCUACGACCUAAUCAUGCCCAAACUGGGCCGGCAGCACUCAGGAGUAAUUUGAUAUAAUGAUCUAGGCAAAGUAGCUGCUAUUCAUACAGACUAUCUUUAGUAAACACUAAACACUGCUAGUUUGUACAAAUGUGGCUCACAAUUGUAAAGCAGCGCACACACCUCCCAAUUGUGCCUAGAAAGAUGCUAAAAAGUUUAGUUUUUAUGCUGCAGUUUAAAAUAAAUUAAAUGUACUCUUCAUGCUAUCCAAAACCCCUUCAUAGUUCCUUAAAAUUUUGUGCAGGUACAAACCCCUAAUUACUAAAUACUUUAUCCUUUCACAUCAUAGACAACAAUCUGCCAAGAUCUAAGGCAGGGUGUCUUUCGGAGCAUAAUGUUGGGAUUAGAUGUACAUUAUUAAUAUAAACUUUGGGGGAUUUCCCUGAAAUCUGAGUGGAAAUACCCAAGAGGGAUGUGAUCAGUGUCACAAACCCUUUACAAUUCAGCAUUUGGAAUACAAAAAAAAAUUUUUUUGCUCACCACCGUCAGAAGUGUUUUCUGUAUCACAUUCUGUAGAUUGGUGUAUUUCUCAAAUUACAGAAAAACUGCAAGAUAAUAUGGGGCAGAGGUGGAUCAGGGGCAUAGUAACGGUGGGUCGAUUUCAACCCCUUUCUCUUCUUCACCCGCAUUGAGAACUCUCAUUGAUCACAAGAAAAAAAUGAGGAUUUGAAAUGGGCCAAGGAUAAACAACCGCAUUGUAUUCAGUGAUGAAGCGAAGGAAGGAGGUGGAAUAAAAAGUGUGAGCAACAGCUCAUAGGGGUUUAUGAUGUACAUGUAAAAAUGACACGCAAAGAUAACAAGUAAACACCCCUCACAUGCACUAUUUUAAUAACAGAUUUAUUGAAAAACAAUGAAAGUAUUGAUGGUGUUGCCUCCUUAAAAAAGACUGAAAGGGAUGGUGGAGGUACAGAAACCUCACAUACAUACAGGUAAAAGAGAUAGAGUUAAAUUUCACAAAUGGUUGAAAAAAGAAAGAAAAGAUAUUUUGCAAAUACUAAGAUCCCACGCAUGAAAAUUCCCUUAUCACUGUUUUUUUGUGAGAUAUAUAUAUAUAUAUAUAUAUAAAAAACAAACUUGGAGAGAAUGAUUUGGUUUUAAACCUACAGUGGCCCUGAAGUGCAAACUGCAACUACAAAUCUAAAAGCGCAACUACAUUAAG